AUGCCGCUACGACUUGAUGUAAAAAGAAAGUUGCUCGCCAGAUCGGAUCGUGUGAAAUGCGUCGAUUUGCAUCCAACUGAACCGUGGCUUUUGGCUGCUUUGUAUAAUGGAAAUGUGCAUAUUUGGAAUUAUGAAACACAACAACUCGUCAAAUCUUUUGAGGUAUUCAUUUAUUUAAUUUUUUGACAAGAAAGAGCCUGACAAGGGAUUUUUGAUGAACAUUUUCGUUGAAAAUUUCGUAAGACUUGAAAAAACCGUCUGGAAAAACUACUAUUUAGAAGGUCAAAAAUAUAAUCUUUCAGGUUUGUGAUGUGCCAGUGAGAUGCGCUAAAUUCAUCGCGAGAAAAAGUUGGAUCGUAACUGGUUCUGAUGAUAUGCACGUUCGAAUUUUCAACUACAACACCUUGGAACGUGUUCACCAAUUCGAAGCACAUUCCGAUUAUCUUCGUUCCAUCGUAGUUCAUCCAACUCAACCAUUUGUUAUUACUUCAAGUGAUGAUAUGCUGAUUAAACUUUGGGAUUGGGAUAAUAAAUGGGCAAUGAAACAAACCUUCGAAGGCCACACUCAUUAUGUUAUGCAAAUUGCGAUAAAUCCAAAAGAUAACAAUACAUUUGCCACCGCUUCUCUCGAUAAAACUGUGAAAGUUUGGCAAUUUGGAAGCAAUGUGCCGAAUUUCACUUUGGAAGGACACGAGAAAGGAGUUAAUUGUGUUGAUUAUUAUCAUGGAGGUGAAAAACCUUAUAUUAUUUCGGGAGCUGAUGAUAAUUUGGUGAAGAUUUGGGAUUAUCAGAAUAAAACUUGUGUGCAAACUUUGGAUGGACAUGCACAAAAUGUUUCGAGUGUUUGUUUCCAUCCAGAACUUCCGUUGAUUAUUACUGGAUCGGAGGAUUCGACUGUUAGAUUGUGGCAUGCAAAUACUUAUCGGUGGGUUAGAAAUUGAGUUGGAUUUUUUUUUGGGAGAACCUUUGCACUCUAGCAUUUUUGAAUAAAAAUCUUCGAAAUUUUUUAUUGAAAAUAGAAUCUGACUGAUGUUUCGUAUUUUGUUCAAAAUAUAACUGAAAAUUUCAAGUUUCAUCAAUUUCACUGCUUUUCCUUUGUGAAAAGUGUAAAAACAUGUCGAGAAAGCUUGAAAUAUUCUACUCUGAACUCAAACGUUUUGUUUUUUAUAAUAAAAUAUUUUUCAGCUUGGAAACCACUUUGAAUUAUGGAUUAGAACGUGUUUGGGCAGUUCAAGCGCAAAAAGGUGGAAAUACGGUUGCAAUCGGAUAUGAUGAAGGAGUCGUAACUUUGAAACUUGGCCGCGAAGAACCAGCUGUCAGCAUGGAUUCAUCCGGAAAAAUCAUCUGGGCCAAACAUUCUGAAAUUCAACAAGCCAAUUUGAAAACAAUCACCGCAGAAGAAUCGGAAGCUAUUCAAGAUGGAGAACGUCUUCCAUUAUCUGUAAAAGAUUUGGGAUCUUCUGAAAUCUAUCCUCAAACAUUGGCUCAUUCUUCAAAUGGUCGAUUUGUUGUUGCAUGUGGUGAUGGAGAAUAUAUCGUUUACACUGCGAUGGCUUUGAGAAAUAAGGAUUUCGGUCAAGCUUUGGAAUUUGUUUGGGCUAUUGAUCCAAAUAUGUUCGCAGUUCGCGAAUCAGCAACUGGUGUGAAAAUCAAGAAGAACUUCAAAGAAUAUAAAUCGAUUCGCAGUGAUUUGGUUAUUGAAGGAAUUUGUGGAGGACCUCUUUUGGCUCUCCGAUCUGCCAAUUCACUUUGUUUCUUCGAUUGGGAAAGCGCUCAACUCGUUCGACGAAUUGAAAUCACAAGCAAAAGUUUAUAUUGGAGUGAUAAUGGUGAAAUGGUGGCAAUUUGUGGAGAUGAUUCAUUUUAUAUUUUGAAAUAUAAUGCUGGCGCAGUUGAGAAUGCGGAUGAAAGUGAAAUAACUGAAGAUGGUAUUGAAGAGGCUUUCGAAGUUGUUGGAGAACAAAAUGAAACUGUCAAGACUGCUUUUUGGAUUGGAGAUUGUUUCAUUUUCACCACUGCUUUGAAUCUUAUUAAUUAUUAUGUUGGUGGAGAAAUUGUCACCAUUGCUCAUGUUGAUCGACCAUUGUAUUUGGUGAGUUUUUUUUCGGAUUUUGGUUGGGUUCAAGGUGAAAUCUGAAAUUUCUUAACAAAUAUCAUUUUCAACUCUGAAAUUUCAAAAAGAGUAGUCUUCUUUGCCAUUUUCUAUUGUUUUCUUCUGAUUUUCCAUUUUUAUUAAUUUAUUUGUUUUCUAGUUUCAAAAAAUUUCGAAUAUGCGGAAAAUCAUGCAUUUUAAUUAAAGUAGCUGAAAAUUUCAAAAUUCUGAUUUUUCUGCUCAAAAACUAUAAAUAUUCAGCUUUGAACCGGACUAAUUUUAUUUAAAAAAAAUACGAUUUGCCCCCAAAAAUCAUAACUCUAAAAAUUUUCCAGCUCGGAUACAUGGCCAAAGAAUCGCGAGUCUACGCUGUCGACAAAGAUUUGAACGUAAUCUCCUACAAGCUUCUUCUCUCAGUUCUCGAAUAUCAAACGGCUGUGAUGCGAAGAGAUUUCGACACUGCUGACAAAGUUUUGGCAACAAUUCCAAAAGAGCAACGAACUCGUGUUGCUCAUUUCCUCGAAAAACAAGGAUUCAAAAAGCAAGCUUUGGCUGUUUCUCAAGAUCCAGAUCAUAAAUUCGAUUUGGCUGUUGGAUUAGGCGAUUUGAAAACAGCUUAUGAUUUGGCACUGGCUAGUGAUUCUGAAGAGAAAUGGAAAUCUUUGAGCAAUGCGGCUACACUGAAAUCGGAACUUUUGUUGGCUGGAGAAUGUUUGGGAAGAGCGAGAGAUUUUGGAGGAUUGUUACUAUUGGCGACUUGUGCUGGAAGUGCACCACUUCUUCAAAAGGUAUGCAUUGCUCAUGUCAAGCCAGUUUUAAUGAGGGGGAAGUCUUGGGAAAUUCUUGUGAAUAAGUUAAACUGUUUCUUGUAGUUUAGGGCUUAGAAUUUGAGGGAUUGCUCAUACUAGAUUUCACUUUGAAAAGGGGAAAAUUGAAAUGUUGACCGUUUUUCGUUUUCUAGUUUUGAAUUUCGAAAAGUCACAAAUAUCGUCUUUUUUGCAGCUGGCCGAUGAUUCUGCUACUACCGAAUCCUCCAACAUCAAUUUCAUCAGUAAUUUAUUGUUGGGAGACAUCGAUAAAUGUUUGGAUCUUCUAAUUUCCACCGACAGAUUGCCAGAAGCCGCGUUUUUCGCUAGAACUCAUGCACCAUCGCAAGUUCCAAGAGUUCUAGAAUUAUGGAAAGCAAAAUCAUCAAAAGUUCAUGAGAAAUCAUCGAAACGUAUUGGAGAAUCGUUGGCUGAUCCAGUUAAAUAUGAAAAUUUGUUCCCAAAGUAUGCUGAAAGUUUGAGAGCAGAAUCGUAUAUUCGACAAAUUUCGCGGCUUCCAGUUCCAGCUUCAGCAAAAGCACCAUCAAAUGCGUCGAGAAAUGUUGAAUUGGAAAUUGAAGAAGCGAUUUCAGCUGGUGUUUUGUCGUUUACCAAUGAUGGACAAGCUGUCUUAUCGAACUUGCCAGCUUCAGCAGCUCCUUCGCAUUCUUCAAAUGAGUUGAGAGCUUCAGCACCAGCUCCAACUCAAGCCAGACAACCAUCUCCAUCUCCUGUUCCAAUUCGAGAUCCUUCACCAAUUCCACCACCACAAAAAGUGGAAUCUGAAGAAGAGGAAGAAGAGCAAGAAGAAGUCCAAAUUCCACAUGAAGAUGAUGAUGGACUCGCCUUGAAUGCCCAGCCAGAUUUGGUAUCAUCGGGAUCUAGCCGUCCGGAUGUUUUGCCGGAACGUGGAUCGACAGCGCCGGAUUUAGUGUCGGAUUCGACUGCGCAUCAGAGUGGAAGCGCGCCGGAGGUUGGUUUUUUGAGGGGUGAUGAUAAAGGAGUGUUGUUGGAAAAUAUUUUUUAUUUUAGUCCUGAAGGAAUUUGGGAAAGUGUUAUGCUUUUUUGAAUAAAAUUGAAAAAUCGUUUGCUUUUCAGGUGGUAAAUGAUACGGGUGAUGUUCGAUGGUCCGACGAAGAAGAUUUUGGAGAUGCGACCGAUGGAAAUGACAUCAAUUUAGACGAAUUGAAUCUAGACGAUGAAGAUUGA